AUGGUCUGCUCGGUGGAGGAACGAAAGCAAUCGAAAGGAGGCCAUCGCCGCGCAGCAAUGGCAGCUGAACCCCGAGCACCUAUUGGGAAAAAAUUUGUUCAUAAAGCAGUUGAGAAAUCGUCUAAAUCGGGGACAAAAGGGUCCGAAUCGGAAAAGAAAAAAGGACCAUAUGAGCUUCGGGCGGAACAAGUGGUCGACAUGGGCAUCCGGAAUAUACGACGAGAAUUUGUUUCCAUUAUACGAUCUUAUACUCCUCAUGGUACCAUGAAUGCCUGGGAAGCUGACAAAAAUUACGAUAAGAAUCGGUGA